AUGGCGAGACUGCCCAUUGAAAAGGUCGAUUGCCUCGUGGUCGGCGCUGGCGUGGUUGGCUUGGCAGUCGCACGGGCUCUAGCGCUGAGAGGGAGAGAGGUGCUGGUCUGCGAGCGAGAGAGCGCCGUCGGGCAAGGCACGACAUCGAGGAACUCCGAGGUGAUUCACGCCGGGUUGUACUACGACCCAGGCUCGCUCAAGGCUCGGCUGUGCGUGCAGGGGAGAGAGGCUCUCUAUCGGUACUGUGGCGAGAGAGGGUUGCCUCACCGGCAUUGCGGGAAGCUCGUCGUCGCCUCGUCCGAGUCGCAGCUUCCGGCCCUGAGGGAGUUGCAUGAGAGGGCCAAGGCGUGCGGCGUCGGGGAUGUUCGGCUGCUAGGGGCGGAGGAGGCCGGGGAGAUGGAGCCGCACGUGCUCUGCGCUGAGGCCUUGUUCUCCCCCAGCACGGGUAUCGUGGACAGCCACGCCCUGACCCUCUCGCUGCAGGGAGACGCGGAAGCUGCCGGCGCGGUUGUGUCUCUUCGCACACCUGUUCACGGGGCCGAGGCACUACCGGAGGGGGGCAUCUUGGUGGCAGCCGAGGGCGUGGAUCUCCGAUGCCGAACGGUGGUCAACUGCGCCGGGUUGAGCGCGGUCGGUCUGGCGCGGAGGGUGUCGGGCUCCAUCCCCGAUUCCUUCCCGGAGGCGUUUUUCGCCAAGGGCAACUACUUCCGAUAUGCUGUCGUUUGACCAUUGACCUCCCAUCCCUACAAAGCCGGGACGGAGCACGCCGGGUUCUCACCGGAC